AUGCCUGGACUACCCGUCUCAGUCGACCUCGAUGAGUGCAUCGAGCGCCUCUACAAAAAAGAGCUCCUCGCGGAAUCUGUAAUAGAGGCGAUAUGUAACAAACUCAAGGAGCAGCUCAUGCGCGAAUCCAAUGUCGUGCACAUACUCGCCCCAGUCACUGUCGUUGGCGAUAUUCACGGGCAGUUCUUCGACAUGCUCGAGAUAUUCAAGAUUGGUGGCUUCUGUCCAGAUACGAACUACCUGUUCUUGGGUGACUAUGUCGAUCGUGGGCUGUUCUCAGUCGAGACCAUAUCGCUACUAGUGUGUUUAAAACUGCGGUGGCCAACACGGGUACACCUUAUUCGCGGAAACCAUGAAAGUCGAGGUGUCACGCAGAGCUAUGGGUUCUACACCGAGUGUUCAAGAAAGUACGGGAAUGCUAGCGUGUGGCAUCACUUUACGGACAUGUUUGAUUUCCUGACGCUGAGUGUCGUUAUAAACGACGACAUCUUCUGUGUCCACGGAGGAUUAUCCCCCUCCAUCCACUCAAUCGAUCAAAUCAAAGUAAUAGACCGGUUCCGCGAGAUCCCCCACGAGGGUCCCAUGGCCGACCUCGUCUGGUCCGACCCCGACCCAGAACGCGACGAGUUCUCGCUCUCCCCGCGCGGAGCCGGGUACACCUUCGGCGCCCAGGUGGUCAAAAAGUUCUUAGAAGUCAACAAUCAAUCGCACAUCCUCCGAGCACACCAACUGUGUCAAGAAGGAUACCAAGUACUGUACGAAGAUCGAUUAUCUACCGUAUGGAGUGCACCCAACUACUGCUACCGGUGCGGGAAUAUGGCUAGUGUCUUGGAGGUUAAUGACAAGGGAGAGAGAUUCUUUAAUGUGUUUGAAGCAGCGCCAGAGAACAGUGAGCAAAGAGACGCGGCAGCGCAACAGGACAAGGGGGCCGUUGUGGAGUAUUUCUUGUAG